AUGGGGUCAUCGGAUGAAGAAAAUGAGCGUCUCGCGCAUCCUAGUUUUUGGGAUCAGCGUUAUGCUCAAGCCGAAGGAGACCGACCAACUCAUGAGUGGUUUAGGAAUUUCGUCGAACUCGAGGCUUUUCUUGAUCGAAGACUCUUUCAAACCCGUAGUCCCAACACAGAUCCGAGAAUUUUACAUUUAGGGUCGGGUGAUAGUGAUGUGCCAGUGGGAUUAUGGGAUAGGGGGUAUAAGCAUCAGCUCUGUGUCGACUUUUCGACCGUCGUCGUGGAUCUCAUGUCUAAACGACACUCCAGUAUGGAGGGUAUCCAAUGGAAACAUGGUGAUGUCCGUCAUUUAGAUGACAUUCCUGAAAAGUCUAUAGAUGUCGCCUUUGAUAAGGGAACCUUAGAUGCGAUGAUCCAUGGUAGUCCCUGGAGUCCACCCGAUGAUGUUAAACAAAAUACUAGUCAAUACAUCCGUGAGGUAAAUCGAGUCCUCAAGGAUGAUGGGGUAUUCCUUUACGUGACAUACCGACAGCCGCAUUUCAUAAGACCUUUACUAAAUUGCGAUGGAACUAGCUGGGAGAUCGAGAUGGAGGUUCUCGGUGAUGGUUCUGGUUUCGGCUAUCACGGUUUUAUCUUGACAAAGACGAAGCCUUGA